AUGGGCUUCAUGUUGAGAAAGCCAGAUGAUGCCGUGGGCUCUGCGACGCCUGCCAUCGUCAUCGGCUUGUUCGUUGCUUUCGGUGGUCUUCUAUUCGGCUAUGACACCGGUACCAUCAGCGGCAUCAUGGCCAUGAAGUAUUGGCGGAAGCUCUUCUCCACUGGCUACAUCAAUCCGGAUGAUCACUGGCCCGAUAUCACCUCCUCCCAGUCCUCAAUGAUCGUCUCUCUGCUGUCGGCCGGUACUUUCUUCGGAGCCUUGACCGCUGCCCCCGUUGCCGAUUACUUCGGACGACGCCUCGGCAUGAUCCUUGACUCGGGUGUCUUCUGCUUCGGUGUCAUCCUCCAGACUGCUGCCACUUCCAUCCCUCUCUUUGUGGCUGGCCGAUUCUUUGCCGGUUUCGGUGUCGGUCUCCUCUCUGCAACUAUCCCCCUUUACCAGUCCGAGACCGCUCCCAAGUGGAUCCGUGGUACCAUCGUCGGAGCCUACCAGUUGGCCAUCACCUUGGGCUUGCUGAUCGCUGCCAUCGUGAACAAUGGCACCAAGGACCGUGAGGAUACUGGCUGCUACCGUAUCCCGGUUGCCAUCCAGUUUGCCUGGGCCAUCAUUCUUGUCGUCGGUAUGCUGGUUCUGCCAGAGACCCCUCGGUUCCUCAUCAAGAAGGACAGACACGAGGCUGCGGCCAAGGCUCUGGCGCGCCUCCGUCGUAUUGAUGUCAACGACCGAGCCAUCGUUGAGGAGCUGUCGGAGAUCCAAGCCAACCACGAAUAUGAACUCAGCAUUGGCAAGGCCAGCUACAUCGAGAUCCUUCGCGGCAGUAUUGGUAGACGCCUGGCGACCGGAUGCGGACUCCAGGCCCUGCAGCAGUUGGCCGGUGUCAAUUUCAUCUUCUACUAUGGAACCACCUUCUUCACUGCCUCUGGCAUCAGCAACCCCUUCAUCAUCACUCUGAUCACCAACAUUGUCAAUGUGGUCUCCACCUUCCCCGGUCUGUGGAUGGUCGAGAAGUGGGGUCGCCGUCCCCUGCUGAUGUUCGGGGCCGUCGGCAUGUGCAUUUCGCAACUCAUCGUCGCCAUUGUCGGCAUCGUGGCCAAGUCCGAUGCCGCCAACAAGGUCCUGAUCGCCUUCGUCUGCAUCUACAUCUUCUUCUUCGCUUGCUCGUGGGGCCCCGUCGCCUGGGUUGUGACCGGUGAGCUCUUCCCGCUCAAGGCUCGCGCCAAGUGUCUCUCCAUCACGACCGCCACCAACUGGCUGCUCAACUGGGCCAUCGCCUACGCCACCCCUUACAUGGUCAACGCCGGUCCCGGCAACGCCAACCUGCAGUCCAAGGUGUUCUUCAUCUGGGGCGGCUUCUGCUUCAUUGCCCUCAUCUUCGUGUACACCUGCAUCUAUGAAACCAAGGGUCUCAGCCUGGAGCAGGUCGACGAGCUCUACGCCAAGGUGCCCAAUGCCUGGAACUCCACCAGCUUCGUGCCCUCAGUCCACUACACCGACGUUCGGGAUGUCGCCGAGGGUCACGGCAAGGCCAACCUGUCCGAGCUGGAGAUGGAUGCUCAGGAGAAGCACAAGCUCGAGCACCUGGAGACGGCUUAG